AGAAACCGACCGAGUAUUUGUUUACCUUUUGAGUUGCGUCUCGCCGUUAGUUUGUCUAGUUGCAACUUGGAAUCCCUACAAAAAUACUGACUAAUUAUAGUCUGAAAGCCUUCAUAAGAGGAAAGCAGGAAAGAAGGAAACCUUACAAAAGAAAAAUCGAAUUGUUUCACAGUCAGUAAUGGUGGAUCGGAACGAUAACAGGAAUGAUGAAAGACGAUGUGCACAGAUAGCAGUUGAAAGUGUUAUAACAUGGGGUGAAGCAGUAGGUGUCGCUGACCUCCCACAGGAAACAGCACGUGCAAUCGCUGCUGAUGUUACGUAUAGGUUAAGACAAACUUUGCAUGUGUGUGGGCAGUUUCUCAGACACUGCAAACGUCGAAGGCUGACCCCAGAUGAUAUAAAUAGAGCUCUCAAGUGGAUGGAUGCACCUUCCAUAUUAGGGUAUACAGGCAGUGAGCCUGUGGAAUGGGUCAGUGUUGGGGAGGUUGGUGUUCACAUACCACAUGACCCUACUGUGAAUUUGGCGAGCACUGCUCUUAGUGGACAUAUUUUCCACCAGCCAGGCAGUCCAUGUGUCAGAGGUGAGUGGGCUUAUGUGAGUGGCCAUACCAUGGUGAAAGGUGAGGGAGAAAGUGAUACUGUUCCAGCUCCACAGCAGCUCUCAGCAGAACAUACACAGUAUUAUAAGAUGCUCUUCACUAUCAUAGGUGGAUCAUCAAAUGAUCUUUUUAAGUUGAUGUGUGAAGAUGUAGCAACAUCACCAGGCAUAACAUCAUUGGUUGGUCCGAUUGUUGGAGGAGUUGUGCGUGGUGCGCAACGUGCCCGGCAGAAACCUCACGUUCUUCGACGUAUACUGCUGGUAAUAAGAGCACUCUUAGUCAAUCCACAUCUACAUCUAGGACCACAAAAUUAUAUGCGAGAUAUCAUAAAUGUCUUGGUGUACUGUAUAAUUAUUGAAAGAAAAAAUGCACAAGAUACUCAGAUGAUCAGGAGUUUGGCUUCAAAUGUGUUACUCCAGGUUGUAUCAAGACAGCCAGGGUGUCGUGGAACGUGGGAAACAGUGGUGACAAGUCUUGGAGGAGUGGUAGCAAGUAGCAGCUGUCCUUGGGGUCAACAUAUAGGAGCUCUCACAGGUCUCCUUAUCUUAGGUGCUCCAGCUAUAUUGCACAGCUUAACACCAAUUGCUCGACCAUACCAUGUCCGCCUCACUCAUGCUAUCUCACAAUCCUCCAUAACAACAUCUCGGGACAUUCAUGAUGCUCAUACAACAAGUUGCCUACUUCUAGCAGGAUUAGUGAAGGUUAUGUCAGCUUUUGUGAAAUGUCUUCCUGACAGUUUUGUUGUAUCUCCACCCACGAAGAACAUACUUCACACUUCCGUAAAACACAGCAGUGAUGACUUUAUAUCUCCUGGCAGCAUAGGUGAUAGUGAUGUAACUUUUGAGCAAGUGCAGGAGAUAUACAAGUUGGGAGAAGAGUCUUUUGGAAGUGCCUUUGUUGUUCAAGUUCCUGGUGUUUACCUUUGCUUCAGCCACGAUCAUAUACCAAGCUUUCUUAAUUCGUCUGUGUACCGUGACCAAGCUAGCACAGGAGAUGCACUCCUUAACCCACCAGCCACAAAAAAAGCCAGAAAUAUAACCUGCCAUUCUACUAAUAAGCCAAAGCCAAGAAGAAAUCAACAUGUACUUCCUACCCAGGUAUUUGAAGGUUACAAGUCACUGUCAGAUAGGCCUGUAAAUAUUCCCAUGAGUAUUCAAAGCUGUCGGGAAAAAAGUGUGGACAGCCUUAAGAAGAAGAGGAAUUCUCUUCCAGCAGUAAAUCCUCAUCCACACCGUGCUCUCCUGGCUCACUAUAGUUCUCGUAUCACAGGCUGCAUGCCUCACAAUACUUUCACAAGACCUUUACAUCCACCUCUUCGACCUGGAUAUUCUCUGCAGUAUCUUAUACUUUAAUCAUAUUACAGCAGUCAUGGAGAGAAGUAAUUAUCCUAAUUAUAGAAUAGUCUAAGCAGACUUACAUCACUAAUCCAUGCACACUUACAAACUCAUGGACGCAUGUAUGCACACACACAUGCACACACAUGCACACACACGCACACACACGCACACACACGCACACACACGCACACACACAGAAACACACGCAAAUACUC